AUACGAUACCGCCGGCUAUCGCUGGCGUUGCGUUACCUCCUCUAUGUGGUAACGCAGCGCCCGCAACUACCUUUGGCCGCGCUGGCCGAGUCUCGCAGUAUGGCUUUGACUGGUUCGGCUUCAUGGAUUAGUGACCUCCAGUACGCCCUGCAACAGUUACCAGUUCCAGUCAAGUUCCCCAUCGCAGACGCCCUGACACCGGACACCGUGAAGAAAUGUGCGCAACAAGUCUUGCAGUCGCUACGCUCCUACCUGAGCAACGAAGUGCGUGGCUCAGAACGUCUACGUCUGCUUAGUGCCCGCAGUCACAACCUCGGUAUCAUUGCCCGACGCAAGUACCUUUCGUUGGACUCCCGAGCGCUUCGACAAGCGAUCUGCCGCCUGCUUGCUUCCGAUCACCCUUUCGCAAUUGAGGGACUGCGCCGGCGGUCCCCACCGAUCCCGCGGGAGUGGCGAAUUUGUCGCUUCUGCCAAGGGCGGAACAUGGUGGAGGACGAGGCGCAUGUUUUAAUGUGCUGCCAAGCAGAUAUCCUUCGGUCCCUGCGAGCGCACUUCAUGCGCCGAGUGCACAAUGCGCUCACGGCCCAUGGUCGUGCGAUCUCCAUGUCAUCCCCGAAUCGGUUCCUUAUGGCGGUAAUUGCGGAUGAAUGCACACAACACAUUGUCGCGCAAUUCAUCUCGGAUGUCUUUGGAUGCUGUGACGCCGUCCCCCUACUGGUGGUCACAACAAUGGAACAGUACCAGUCUUAUGCGAUAUUGUGA